AAAUUAGACGUAGCAAUUUAACGAACUAUCACUCUUUCUCUCUCGUACUGUAAUAUAUCUUCUUUCUCUCUCUUUCUCCGAACAACCAAAUCAAGAAUUGGACCCGGCGCAUAAGGAAACUGAUGAGUUUCUGAGCUGCUGUAAUCACAGACGUUGGGUUUUCACAAAUUGGAAUUAGUUUUCGGGGAAUAUUGAUGCCGCAGAGUUUAUAUCUCUGUUGUUAAAGUCAAAUUUGAGGACGUAUAUGAUAUAGAACAUGUCAAGUAAGAAAGAAGAGAAAUCUCAGGCUGCAGCUGAAAGAAUCAAGGCUGCGGCUCUGAGCGCUGCUAAGGGUCUUAGCCGUGCCCAGGCUGAAAGGGCGGCGGCCGCGGCGUCCCGAAAUGUCAAUGCCUAUGGGCAGAAGGAAGAAGGGCCUAGCAGAUGGCAGGAGAAAAGAGAAGCUAAGAGGCAGAUGUAUUUGAUGAGUACUGAGAAAGCUGUUAAAUUGGGUGAAAGGAAAGACCUUAAGCCUGCAAUGUCGGCUUCCGGUGGGGCUGCCCAGUGCCAAAAGUGUUUCCAAAGUGGCCACUGGACGUAUGAAUGCAAGAAUGAAAGGGUUUACAUUUCAAGACCUUCUCGGACGCAGCAACUGAAAAACCCUAAAUUGAGGGUGAAUGUGGCAGAGACUUAUGAUUUGGAUGAUAGUGUUGCUGGUGAUGCUAAGGAUAAAAGUGCGAAAGCAAGUUCCAAACAAACCAAAAGGAAACAUAGGUUUGACUCUGAUUCUGGAAGUGAUAGCGAGGAUUCGGUUUUUGAGACUGAUAGUGAUAGUGGGUCAUCUUCUGUUACGGGAUCAGAUUAUUCUUCUGGAAGUAGUUCAGGUUACAGUUCAUGUUCUGAUUCAGAGGAAGAACGAAGACGGAGGAGGAAGAAGCAGAAGAGAGGAAGACGCAAGAGGUACAGUACAUCAUCAGAAUCAUCUGAUUCUGAUUCUGAUUCUGCUUCAGACUCUGAUUCUGAUGAUAAAAGCAGCCGGAGAAAGAAGAGGCAUAAUCGAAGACGCUGAAUGAGAGACUUAAGAAUGUGUGCUGCAACUAAGGGUUUGGUGAGAAGGGGACAACCACGUCCAUAGAUACAAUCAUGAAGUUUCGGUAGAUAUGGUGCUUGUUUAUGAUGUCCUUAAUGUAGAAUAAGCUUUGAUAGAUGCGAAGUUGUGUUUUCCUUUUUUCUUUUGUCCCUAAGCUCUAUUGAAGAGAUCUGCAAGUUUGGCUUAAUGUAUCAACAUUUAACUUUGUGAAUGUGUUCUAUACUAAACUGAUAUGUUUAAGCAAUUGGGUGGCUUUUGCUACUUUUCUAAUGCUGUCAUACUCAGAUACUCUCAUCUGCAAU